CAUCGGACAUGCAGCCGCCUUAUCCAUUAUUAUAUUUUUGGUUCCCGGCUUAUCAGCUCCGUUUGUUCGGGUCGCCGCCAGCUCGCCUUCAGUCGGUUUCCAGCGUCAGAGCAGAGCAGUCGGAAAGCGAUCAGUCCGUGGAAUCAGUGGCAAUAGAUUGACCCACGUGCCGAGCAUAGAAACUAGCGAAUAAAUACAUCAGCAGAUCGGCCAGCGUCGAAUUGGAAUUAAAUAAAACACAGCAGCAGCGGCGGCUGAUAAGACACCUUGGUGCAGGCAAGAAGCAAAAAAUAAAAUACCCAAAAUACACACAAAAAUAUACUUGGGAAUACGUAUAGCGACAUCUACGUUCUGUCAAGAUGAUGUCACAUACAGUGAGAGUUUUCAAGAUGAUGUACAUUGUGGCGGGCAUCCUCAUCAGCAAUGCGGAGAUCUGCGACACAGUGGAUCGCAUCCAGAUAGCGCCACGCGUCGACCUGAAGCCCGACUUUGAUCAGAGAGCCCUGACCUCGGGAGGUAAUAGUCCCGGCUCUCGCUCCCGCACCCAUUCCCGUUCCAGUUCCGGUUGUGGUUCGGGUUCCGAGGACGGUGCUCCCACCAAGCGCCGGCGGGUUAGCGUUUCCGGCAUAGCUGGUGGCGUGGUCAGAGGCGUCACCAGCCAGGUAUCCAAGCGGGUGGGCCAUCGCUUCAACUGGCUAUCGGACAUCCGGCUGAUCCUGCAGCAGUGGCGGGUUUUGGCCCUCAGCUUCAAUCUCUGGACCAUUCCCAACUUCAUUGUGCAGUGCUUGACCAGCUACAUGAGCAAGAAGCUGCUUCUCAACAGCGACUGUGAUAUGAUCUACAAGUAGACUAGGCAGCUACACCGAGAGGUUGCGAAUUUAUUGUUUAGUUCUAAUUUUUUAGUUUUAACAUAGCGUUAAGAUUUGAAUAAACAACUGCUAGACAUAGA